AUGGUUUUCAAUGGCUCCAAAUCUGGACAAAACUUGUCACUUAACGAUUGUUUAGAGACUGGUCCGAAUGUGAAUCCCAGCAUUCUUGAGGUAAUAAUGAAAUUUAGGAGAUUUAAGGUUGCAUUUCAUGGGGACAUAGAAAAGGCAUUUUUAAUGAUAGGAAUGGCCCCUGAAGAUCGUAAAUUUUUGAAAUUUCUUUGGAAUGGAGGUAGCGAUCAUGAGGACUAUAGGAUUAUGCAGAUGACUCGAUUACCCUUCGGAUGCGAAACUUCUCCGUUUAUUUUAAGUGCAGUAAUUAAACAUCACAUUGCAAAAUUCGAAGCCGAAAGACCCGAUUCAGUGUCAAUGCUAAAUUCUGGUUCGUAUGUAGAUGAUUUGUAUUUUGGUGAGGAUAGUGCGAUGGAAGCGUUUGUGUUAUCAUCAGAUGCUGUAACAAUUUUGAGAAGUGGUGGGUUUAAGUUGAGAAAAUUAAGAUCCAACAAUAGCGACUUGAGAGCUUUGUGGUUCAAAAACGGAUUCUGUGAGAGUGAAGAAGGCGUUGAGUUGAAAAUUCUGGGGCUAAAUUGGAACUCCGACAAAGAUAUUUUGUCGUUGGAAGUGAAAGGGUUAGUGGAUAGUUUGAAUAAUAACAAGCGUUGUGUUUUACAGACUGCAGCGGAAAUUUUCGAUCCUGUGGGAUUGUUUACAUCCUUUGUAGUAAGAACUAAGUGUUUUUUACAAGAUAUAUGGGAAAGGGCUAUGGACUGGGACGAUGAUUUACGAGAGGAUUUACGACUCAAGUGA